AUGGCUCAACAUAUUCCAGAAAAAACAAAUUGGUUAGCAGAUCUGGCUUUAAGGAAAAGACCUGUUUGCAAACAGGAUCAAUAUAUUACUACCAAACUAUUACUCGAGAUACUCAAACCCAGACUGCCAAGCAAUAGAUACUUUAACACAGAACUGGUCAGUACUGAAAGGGUAGGCCAACUCAUCCUGGAUACUAAUAUACAAGAUUCUAUUCAAGACCUUCUUAUCAACUCCUUUUCUAAUAAAGGACAAAAGACUAUUCAUACCAGGUUGAACAAGUCUACAAUACCCGAUUCGCAAUCUGAA